CGGGCUGUUUUGAAACACACUCAUUCGGAAGUUACCCCGUUGAUGGGUUUACCGCAACCGGAAGUCGCGAAUUUUCGAGGGGGGGACACAUUGAUGCAGAUCACCUGCAACAUGAUAUGAGUCGCGUCUAGUUAUGAAACUAAAAGAGCUCGAGAGUUGCCUUCAGCAAGUGGACACCUUCGAAGACCCUAAAAUCCUGCUCGAACAGUACCCCACCAGUCCCCACAUCGCAGCAUGCAUGCUUUACACGAUCCACAAUACAUACGGCGACAUUGAGGGUAAGCUCGUAGCGGAUCUGGGAUGCGGAUGCGGAGUUCUCAGCGUUGGGGCGGCGAUGCUGGAUGCCGGCUUAUGUGUUGGCUUUGACAUUGAUAACGACGCACUGGAUAUAUUCAGAAGGAAUAAAGAAGAAUUUGAAAUUACAAAUAUCGAUUUAGUGCAAUGUGACAUUUGUUCGUUGGAGGCUGAUGCGUUUGCCAAAAAGUUCGACAUCGUUAUAAUGAACCCUCCAUUUGGCACAAAACACAACCAAGGCAUGGACAUGAAGUUCCUCAGGCUUGCACUAACAAUGGCAAAGCGAUCAGUGUAUUCCCUUCAUAAAACAUCAACACGAGAUCAUAUUCAUAAGAAAGCCAAAGACUGGGGAGUGACGAUGGAAGUAAUUGCAGAACUAAGGUAUGACUUGCCAGCUUCUUACAAGUUCCACAAAAAGAAAUCGGUUGAUAUCAACGUGGAUUUUCUACGGUUCUCCAAAGCAUGAAUCUUCCCCUGGAAUGGAUUUGAAUAAUCUCUUGUUUUCCAUGUUUAUAAUAAAUGUUGUUCAAGGAAUAAAAAGACGAG